UGCGAUCCGGGACUGGAGUGCUGGCGCUGCCCUGACACCGCGGGGUCCCCGCCAGCUCAGGGCGCUCGGAGCGGGGAUCUGCGCGCCUCGCUUUCCCCGCCCGAUGUCGCCGCCCGCCUGCUGAUCUCCUCUCCCCGCUGGUCCCUCGCCGGUGUGGGAUCGUGAAGGUCCCCACAGAGGCAGGAAACCUCCUUCUCAAAGUGGGAAUGGAGGUAAAUUGUUUAACAUUAAAAGACCUGAUCAACCCCAGGCAGCCCAGACUAGAUUUUGCAAUUGAAGAUGGGGAAAAUGCACAAAAGGAAAAUAUAUUUGUUGAUCUCUCAAGGAUGGCCCCGAAGACUCCAAUAAAAAAUGAACCAAUUGAUUUAUCAAAGCAAAAAAUUUUCACUCCAGAAAGAAACCCCAUUACUCCAGUUAAGCUUGUUGACAGACAGCAGGCAGAACCAUGGACGCCCACAGCUAACCUGAAGAUGCUCAUUAGUGCUGCCAGCCCUGACAUAAGAGACCGGGAGAAGAAAAAGGGACUGUUCAGACCCAUUGAAAACAAGGAUGAUGCCUUUACAGACUCUCUGCAGCUUGAUGUUGUUGGGGACAGUGCUGUGGAUGAAUUUGAAAAGCAGAGGCCAAGCAGAAAACAGAAAAGUCUAGGACUCCUGUGCCAGAAGUUUCUAGCUCGCUAUCCAAGUUACCCCCUGUCAACCGAGAAAACAACCAUCUCCCUGGAUGAAGUUGCUGUCAGUCUUGGCGUUGAAAGGAGACGUAUCUAUGACAUUGUAAAUGUGCUGGAAUCACUGCAUCUGGUCAGCCGGGUGGCCAAGAAUCAGUAUGGCUGGCAUGGACGGCACAGCCUGCCAAAAACCCUGAGGAGCCUCCAGAGACUGGGAGAGGAGCAGAAAUAUGAGGAGCAGAUGGCACAUCUCCAACAGAAAGAGCUAGAGCUGAUGGAUUAUAAACUUGGAGAACGUAAAAAAGAUGGCUGCCCAGAUUCUCAAGAUCAACAGUUACUGGAUUUCUCUGAACCCGACUACCCCUCUUCAUCUGCAAACAGUAGAAAAGACAAGUCUCUGAGAAUUAUGAGCCAGAAGUUUGUCAUGCUAUUCCUCGUCUCCAAAACCAAGAUUGUUACUCUUGAUGUGGCUGCCAAAAUACUGAUAGAAGAAAGCCAGGAUACCCCAGACCAUAGUAAAUUUAAAACAAAGGUACGACGCCUCUAUGACAUAGCCAAUGUUCUGACCAGCUUGGCUCUAAUAAAGAAGGUGCAUGUAACUGAGGAGCGAGGCCGGAAACCAGCCUUCAAAUGGAUCGGGCCUGUGGACUUCAGUUCCAGCGAUGAAGAACUAGUGGAUGUUUCUGCAUCUGUCUUACCAGAAUUGAAAAGAGAAACAUAUGGCCAGAUUCAAGUCUGUGCAAAACAGAGGCUGGCUCGACAUGGUUCUUUUAACACAGUUCAGGCUUCUGAGAGGAUCCAGAGGAAAGUGAACUCAGAGCCCAGCAGUCCUUAUAGAGAAGAACAAGGAUCAGGUGGCUACUCCUUAGAAAUUGGAAGUCUGGCAGCUGUUUACCGACAGAAAAUAGAAGACAGUUCACAGGGAAAGGCCUUUGCCGGUAAGAGAGUGAUGCCUCCGUCAAGCAGCCUGGACCCUGUUGCUCCUUCCCCUACCCUGUCUUCUGACUCAGAAUAUCAUGUUAAUCCUUUAGCGCACCAAGUAUUUUCUGUGACCCAAACGGACCUGCAGUCCUUCUCCAUGCAGAAUGGUCUGAAUGCACAAGCAGGUGUCUCACCGUCUUCUGCCGCCUCAGACGGGGAAACGCCAAAGCCAGCCCUGCUGACCGGCCAGCCCUUGGUGUACAUGCCCUCCACCUCACUGUUCAUGCUGUAUGGGAACGUACAGGAGGGACCGUCCCCAGGGUCAGGCUCAGGGUCGGAGAGGGACGGUGGAAGCUUGGAGGUCACGGCAUCAGAGCAGUCACCCACACCCUCAGUUCAGAAGCGCCUGGGUGAGGAAAGGAAGCCUCAAGAGGAGGAACCAGCCACUAAAAGACAGAGCAGGGACUAUGAUGACAGCCCUCUAGCCCUUGUCAUGCCCAAGAAACCCUCAGAUUCCACAGACAUCGCUUCUCCCAAGACCCUGGGUCCCGGGGGAUCUGCGCCCCUCGAAGACAUUCACAUGGAGAGUCAACUCUCUGCUGCAGAACAGGCUUCGGGAAAGGCUUCAGCAAAUUGCUGCGUUUCUUCCGAGUGGGGAAAUUCUUCAAGAGAUGCAGAGGUUGAAAAGUCUUCAAAAGAAAAUGAAAGCACCAAAGAGCCCUCUUUGCUGCAGUAUCUUUAUGUACAGUCGCCAGCCGGAUUAAAUGGUUUCAACGUGCUCUUAUCUGGCAGUCAGACCCCCCAUCCUGUGGGGCCACCUUCAGGUCAGCUGCCAUCACUCAGCAUUCCUUGCAUGGUCUUACCAUCCCCGACGCUGGGCACUUUUCCUGUUCUCUAUUCUCCCACGAUGCCCAGGACAGUUUCCUCUGCCCCUGGUGCUAUCCCAAAUGUGGGACCUGUGAAUUUUGGCUUGCCUGGCCUCGGAUCAACGGCUCAUCUUCUCAUCGGUCCUGCAAACAUGGUUAAUCCAAAAUCAUCGACACUCUCCUCCGCAGACCCUCAGCUUCAGUGUCCAGGCUCACUCAACCUGAGCCCUGUGAUGUCAAGAUCACACAACACCAUCCAGCCUGAAUCCCCCAUGUAUGGGGGGCAUCCAGUUUCUGUAGUAAAAUUACAGCAGUCACCGGUUCCAGUGACCCCCAAGAGCAUCCGACGCACACAUCGUGAGACAUUUUUCAAGACGCCUGGCAGCCUAGGAGACCCGGUCCUUAGGAGAAGAGAGAGGAAUCCGUCACGAAACACCAGCUCGGCACAGAGGAGACUCGAAAUCCCCAGCAGCGGGGCUGACUAACCCCAUGCCUCACCAGGCAGGGGCGGGAUCAAACCACCUGAACUUCCCUGUGGCAGGUGAUGCCCUGACGCUGGAUGCAAAACGGAACGCAAGCCAUCCGGUCUUCGGCGCAGGUCCUUCCUCUGUCUUUCACCCACUGGUUCUGGUUACCUGCCCGUCAUCACGGAUCCUCUGUUUUCCGGAAAGUAAUUGUUACUAAUUGUGCAUUCAAUACCAGUUAGAGUCCAGACUCUGCACGUGGUGUCACAGUGAAAGCACCGACUGACUUCUGUGGUUUUGAUUCAAGAAUCCUCUUAUUGCUGGAAGUAGAUCUGAACAGGCUACUGGAGCCUUGUGGUUUUUCUGCUGGGGGAAGGGGGAGCUGUCUAGCACUUAACCAGGGUGAGCGUUCUGGGCAUGUAUUUCCCCUCACCCUGACUAUAGAUCUGUGGUGAGAGAAACUUCCUUUCUGCAGUUUCAAAAAGCUACUGCUUCCUUAGGCUUCAUCAGGAAGCCAACUCCAGUUGUGAAUCCUAUGGUAUUAUUUAUUUUGUUCCUGAAAUGGGAUUUAGUGCAAAAAGUUUACAACUACAGCAAAACACAUGUUUUUUCAGGGUAUGACGACUUGAAUGUUUAUACUUUUUUCCUAUGAUUUGCCCUGCACUUACUUCACAACCUGCUAAUAAUGUGGAUAAAUGUAUAUGCAUGACAGAAUGUCAAGACCAAAAUAACUGUGAAUGGCACGCCUUGCUAUACUGAACUGUGCUAACCCUGUCUGGGCGCGAGAACCAAGAGGGACGCCAGCAGCCUGAGAGCUGACCCGUGUGAACCGUGAGGUGUUUACUGUUCAUUUGUAAAAAUCCUACCAUGUGCAGUUCCCUUCACUCUGUGCCCCGUGGGUGUUUUAUUUAAAUGUUAACCGUAGAGUAUCAGGUUUGGAGGCCUUCAAAGAAUCGCUGUUUAUUGAAUAAAUCAGGAUGGUAGCAAGUGAUUAUAUGGAAAAUUGGAACCUGGAUGGGACCUGGUGGUAGAAUUCUAAAGAGCUAAUGAUGUGGAACUUGAUAUAGGAAGAUAGGUGAUCGUUUUAUUUUUUCUUUUGCUUUUUUUCUUUAUUAUUGGAAGGGUAAGAGGGAAAAUGGACACAUUACGUUGAGCAUCCAAGAGUAUGCAAACCAGUUAUUUUUCAGAGUUUUGCUGAAAAAUACAAGUGGUGAGUGCAGGGAUUUCAUUGUGCUAACAUGAAUACUUUUCUGGAAACAAUUAUGCAAUACUCGUUUGUUAAACCAUAUUGCUUUAGGAUUUCAUCAAGUAGCCAAACUAGCUGUUUUAUUCCUAGAUUUUUUGAUAUGUACCUCAUUCUUGUCUCUUCCAGUAAGUGGCUUCCUCCCUCCCUUCCUUCCUUUUUCCCUUUCUUUUUUAAGCUUCUGUCUUAGAUUUAGAAUCUUGGUGUAGGGUUCUAUUUUAUUAUUUUUGGACCCAAUAAAAUGUUCUAUGAAAUAAAAAAUAUUAAUUUAAGAGACUCUGGGAGUCUGAGCAAAGUAGCUUUAUAUUAACUACAGGAUAAUAUUAGCCUUAUUACCCCACGAGAUUUUUGAAAACUUGAGGUAGCCAGAUUAAAUAAAUUUGUUAUUAUAUAAAAUUUUUAUCAACACUAAACUUAUAAAGUUUACAACAUGGCAUUUUUUUCUUUUUUACAAUCUUUCCUAGCAUUAAAUGGAUAAAAUUAUGGUUCUAAUCAUCCACAAUCUCCUGGUAAUGAUUACCCUGAGCUAAUAUGAGCUAAUAUUUGUUUUAUACUUAUAUUGAAACAAAUAAAAAUAUGCCCUUUUCAGGACACACAGCAUCUAUAUCUGCACAGGGUACGUGCAUUUUUAAAUAUACCAUACUUAAGAACGUCCACAAAAAUAUUUUCACUUGAGAGGUCUACAUUUGGAAGACAUCCCAAUCUGAUUUUCCCCUCACUGUUUUUGGAUGUUCGCCACUUAUUAAACUUCUUUGCUAUCCCUUUUUUUUAAUUAUUAUUCUGUUCACACGAUGACCAUAAAAACCUCAGAGAGUUCACGGUUCUUGAGGGGUGUUAAGGAGCAACCAACCCCCUAAAUGAGAAUAUUAAGACUCUGUGACCAUAUUCAGCAAUAGAAAACUACGAACUAAUCCCUUUUGUAUCCGGGACACACUUUUUCAUGUGGCUUCGUGAUACAUAAAAAAAUAAAAUGAUGCGGCGGUUGUGUCUGUCAGGAGAACGUAUGUUCCUUACAGAGCAACUGAUGAAAAUGGACUGCUAAGCUAGACUUGGAUAUUUGGAGAAGCGGAAAAGCAAUGGCAAUCUUGAGUCUAUCGUUGUAUUACUUAGUAAAAGAAAUAAUUGUUGGGGACCCUGCUAAGGACACGCAGCUGUGAGUAGGCACUGAGGGAAGGUGUGUGCCCUACACUGUCCAGGGUUUGUGAAACCCUUUCAUUCUGGUACAAGAGUUGGGAGAACUUUUAUACUUGAAUCUACCUACCAAGUUUACAUUGCUCAAUUCUUUUUGGUAAGGUGCUAUUUCUGUAUUUAAGUAACUUUUUUUUUUUCAACGUAAAGCUGCUUUCAGCUAAUCUUAUUGCACUGCUAGUUUUGUGUAGGUAUUAAUUUUAUUGCUGCUUACUGCUUUUUUCAUCCUAUUUAGCUCUGCUCUUUUUUCUAACGGCUAUAUUAUCUAUAGCUGUCUGCUUGGAACUUUCCUACACGUAAACUGAUUUGUUUUUCUUUUAGAAAAAUAUUAAACUUGAUAAAAUAGCAAUAAAAAUUAAUUCAUUUAA